AUGAAGAUCCUCAACAGCAUCACGCGCCGCAUCCGUCGCCUCCCCUCCGCAUUCUCAUCAUCAUCCCUCCAUCGCACGCACUACACCGGCUCCCUCCUCUUCAACCUCGCAUCAUUCAUCCUCCCCGCUUUAUACGGCACUUUGUCCAAACUAUGGGUCGCAAACAUCGAUGCAUCAAUGGUGGUGCUGACCGAUGCGUAUACAUACAUGAACACAGCGUCUGAAGCUGUUAAUGAAGGAUUACCGAGAGCUGCGUGGGUCAUCAUUGGAGAUAAGGCCUCGCGAUCGCUGGGGAAGCGUCUCCAAUUGACGCACACUCUUAUCGCGUUCCAGUCUGUCAUUGGUUUGAUACUGAGUAUUGUCUUUGUUGCCGCUGCGUCCUCUUUCGCGAAUAGCUUCGUUCCCGAGGAAGUUCGCGAUGUCAGUUUGACUUAUGUGCGUAUCGCUUCCUUCACCGUUUUCAGCAGCACGCUCGAGACUGCAGUGGCGACAGCAACAAGAGCCUUGGAUAAGCCUGAUAUUCCACUGGCUAUCAGCACCGUCAAGUUUGCCGUUAACAUCAUCCUCGACUUUCUAAUUAUUUCAAAAUUCCACGUCGGUUCCUUCACCCCGACCGUCAACAUGCAAGGCACUAUUCAGCUAGUCUGCAAUCUCGUUGCAGCUUUCGCGGGGCUUGUUUACUUUCUUUGGUCGAAUACGCGGUCGUUCAAGAGACACACACCGCAUGAUCCUCAAGAGAGGCUGCGUCCGAGCUUAGACGCGCUCAAAGUCCUUCUCCCACCUGGAUUGAUCUUCUUCACCGAGUCAGCUGUCAGAAACGCCUUGUAUCUCUGGCUUGUCAGCACCAUCGUUGCUCUGGGGGCAGUAUACGCUACAGCUUGGGGCGUCUUCAACACCAUCCGUUGGGGUUUGAUCAUGGUCCCAGUCCAGGCCUUGGAGGCAACAGCGCUGCAAUUCAUUGGUCACAACUGGGGCGAUUGGAGAAGACGCGUCGAUAUCAGCACACGAAAGCCUCAGGCAUCAUUAAAGGACCUUCGAGGUAUCGUGCGCCCAGCUUUCAGAUCAUUGGUUAUCGCCCUCAUCUUCGAAGUCCCCAUAGCCAUCUUCCUCACGCUCUUCGGAGCAAAGCCCUUUGCAUCAUACAUCAGCGGCUCAGAUGAAGUCGCAGAGGUCACAGCUUAUAUGUGGCAAAGUCUCGACUGGUGUUAUAUCUUUUACGCAAUGUCAACUCAACUUGCCACGAUCCUUCUGGCGACGCGGCCAAGGUGGUAUUUGUAUCAGAGUCUCGCGAGCAAUUUUCUGUAUGUGCUGCCUUGGGCGAUCACAUGUCAGGUGAGUGACUUGAAUGACAGCAACGCGUGGUGGUAUUACAAGUUUGUGUUUGGGGGUAGUCUUGUGUUCAGUUUUGGAGCUAUUUUGGUGGUUGAUUCGUUAUGGGCUUGGACAUUGUAUCAUGGGAAGGCUGAGUUGGAGGAGUUCCGAGAGUGAAUGCAUUCCUGUGAUUGAAAGCAGUUCCUGCAGACUUAUGCUUUAGUUAACUCUCUGACUGUUUUGUCUUGAGGCC